CCGAGAGAGGGGACCUUGCCCGUGUGCAUCCCAAUCCGCGUUCGACACUGUGACUGUGAACUUGAAUCCUUUUUUUUUGGGGUUUCAUUUUGGCCACUAGUUUGCCAUGUUGACCAAGAAGGAAAAGCUGCUGAUUCGCCCGUGGCAGAUGCAACGGUACUACAACCAUCGGAUCAAGGUGGAAACAGCGGUUCCGGCAAUCGAUUAUCAUCCGCCUCCGGCCCGGGCGCACAUCACCCAGAAGUUGAAAAAACUCCAGAAGGAACGGGAACGGACGGAAAAGAUCGAACGGGACAACAUUCGGCUGCUGCAGCGGUUGGGUGCCAUCAUGAGCAAGAAACGACUGGACAACAUCUGGACGCACGCUAGGCCUAAUUUCCUUAGCCGCGAGUACAUCUACCCGAUACGUCCGAAAACAACCGGGACAAUGCCAAUCGACCAGGGCCUGCGACGUCGAUCGUCAGCCAGACCCCUUGACGAAACCGGUGCCGAAUCGGAAACCCAGGAAUCAUCAUCCUCCGGUCGACCGAUACGCUGUAGUGCCUGUAGCAAUCGUUCCGCCACCGCCACUUACAAACCGAACAAGGUCGUGCCCGAAGAACGUAUUCCCUGGGCGCCGCAGAGGACAACGACCAACCGAAAGCUGCUCAAGGAAGCCGAAUCGGAACCGCACGUCUGCUGUCGCUUCUGUUGCUGCAAAUGAAGCUCUUAGAUCUGAUCCCUUUGAGACAGAAACCUUGAAACAAAGAUGACGUUUGGACCCAUCGUCACAAUUCCUAAAACAAAACACAAGAAUCACAAUUUGUAAACAAACAAGUACUAACCCAUGAAAUCCGCUGAAAAUAAACAGAUUUCUCAUUCCGGAGGCGUUCUUUUCUUCAUUCCAAUGAUAACUCUUCCAACUCCCGGCGUAUUUGUUUACAAUCCUUUUUGUAUUUUCAUCACCGGCACUUCUACUUACAAGAAAAAUAAUAUAUCGUUAAACACACCAGUCCGCCCUACUUCAGAGGAAUGAAACGGGAGCUGUGGGUGGCACCGAUACCGGGCCUACCGUGCUUGACCGGCUUGUAGGUCAGCGAGAACUCC